AUGGAACCGGCACAGACGGAGGACGCCACUGGUCAGAUUCGAGUGGAGAACAACGAGCCCCCCGAUGAAGCACUGACUCUGUGUCCACUAAACAAAGGAAAGGGUGUGGAAAAAUUACCAGCUUUCUGUACCGAACAUGCGUUUUCAUCUGAUGAAAAACAAGAUGGAAGCAGUGUCACUUUGCCCACAACGCACAUUGACCCACCUGCAUUGGUGGCAUCGCUUCACGGAGAGAGAAUUGAGCCAUCUCAUCAGGCAGGUAAGGGUAGUAUCAAGUUUACAUCAGAAAGAACUGACAUCACUGAUGUGGAAUCAUGUAUCCCUAGUGGAGACGGUCGCUCUUCCCCAGCUACACUUCCAGUAGAGGAGAUAGAACAACCAGCUACAGGAGAGUGUGAUGGAGGUGACUCGACCCCGAAACCCCGGACAUGCGGACCUUACAGGAAGUAUCUAGUUGUAGUCGGGUCUUUCUUCUCCAAUGCCAUCCUCGAGGGGUCUUUCAAUGCCUUCGGUGUACUUUACACCGACAUUUGGAAACAUUUCGGCGGGUCAAAAAGCAGUGUAGCAUUAGUCGGUUCACUGUUCGUCUCUCUUCCUCUUAUCGGCGGGGCUAUGGCAAGUCUCGUCACUGUCAAACUUGGAUGUCGGACCGCGGCCAUGGUAGGUGGGGUCGUCACAGCACUUGGAAUAUUGGCUAGCGUGUUUGUACAGUCGUUGGGUCUGAUGUACCUGACGUUUGGUUGUAUUGCCGGGAUAGGAGCUUCCUUGCCUUACCUGUCAGCCUCCGUUAUACUUGGUCAGAAUUUCAGGAGUAAACUGGGUCUAGCUUCUGGGAUCUCGGAGUGUGGUGGCGGAAUGGGGACGGUGUUCAUGCCCAUGGUGUUUGAGACACUGUUAGUGACCUAUGGAUGGAGAGGAACGCUCAUGAUUCUGUCUGCCAUCGUGCUUAAUGUGUGUGUAUGUGGUGCCCUCUAUCAGUCAAUAUCGCCUCCGAAAACCGAGAAAAACCGACUGAAAAAAGAAAAGUUUGAACAAUUUGUCGGCGAAAGCACAUAUCCAAGGGAAAAUAUUUCACCGUAUAUUCUUCAAAGUUACUACAAUGGCAGUGUUGUCACCACCGACAAAGAGAAAAACUUUGAUUUUACCCAAGGAGAUUGUUUGAAAGAAAUCACGAAAGCCUGCUCUUCGAAGUUCAGCCUACAUAUUUUUACCAAUUCCGAGUAUAUACUAUACACUUUUGCUGUGUUUUUCUUCAACCUGUGGGUCGGUGUCCCAUAUGUGUACCUGUCUGACAAGGCCAUAGAACACGGUGUGGAUAAGGAGAACGCGUCCUUACUGCUGUCCAUCAUAGGUGCAUCACAGCUAGUUGGCUGCCUCACAGCCGGGGCCGUUGUGGACAACAGGAAAAUUGAUAAGAUCACCAUGUUUGGUGUCACCUCAGCUCUAUCUGGCACUGCCCUGGCACUUAUGCCUCGAUUCUCUACGUUCGCACCACUUGCAGUUUUGGCAGCAGUGUUUGGCUUGUUCUCUGCGCCUGUAGACUCCAUGAGUCUGGUGAUGCUGACGGAUAUCCUUGACUCGAAACAGCUCAGCUCCGGGUUUGGCUACAUUAUGACUCUAAAGGGCUUCGGGGAACUACUUGGCCCGCCUAUUGCAGGACUGCUGUAUGACGGAUCGGGGAAUUAUGACAACACCUUCUAUGCCGCUGGAGGAAGUAUGAUUGCGUGUGGUGUGCUCUACCGUCUACUCUCCAAGGUGAAGGUCGGACGUUGCACUCAUCUCUCUCCACGAGUUGCUGCUGACGCUCCAGAAGUCUUCUUGAAAUGAUGUUGGACAGUCAGCACCGAGGGAUACGUACUUACACCACGAUCCAGGCGUCGUCAGAUACCUGUCAUCGCAUGCAACCUUCCUUAUCCAAUGAUUUCAGCACGUUGCACUUGUAGAUAGUCGGUUUUACACACACCAUUUAGGGGGUUAUGGUCUCAUAAAUAAAACGGUGAAGCAC